GCGCCCCAUUACGCACCAACCCCAUGGAUAUUGAGCGUCAUGGCUCGAGCUCGAGCACGACACACCGCGGCCACAUGGUCGCGACCUGUGAGGACCAUGGCAGUGACUCGCAACGGGCGUCUCGCUGAUCGUCUAGGUUCAAGCCGCUGCCGCUCGAGGGUAGCUGCGUCGGCGCCCCUCGUGGGCUGCGGUGGCGGGUGGCGGCGACAUUUGUGGUCCACUUCGCCUGGGCCUCUGCACGGCUUGGACAGCAGCGACGCGACUUGAACUCGGCACUAGCCAGCACUUGGGGGCGACAUGCAGGGGCCGAUGCCGAGUGCGCUGAUGAGGAAAAGUGAAUGCAACCCUCCCACCCCCACCUUCCCUGGCCCCAUCAUGACCUCUCGACCGCCCCGCAAGAAGCAGCGACUCUUGCGCCAAGCAGACAUCCGCCCCGUUCCCCACUCCCAUCCACCAACGACACAACGUCCGCAAUACAUCGACAUCGCGCGAUACCCAGACAUCGUCCAGCAAAUCAUCAGCUACCUCCCAUUGCCCUCACUCCUCAGCCUUCGCCUCACCGCUCGUGCCCUCCGCAACCAUGUUGACUUCGUCCUAAACGACCAUCUCGUUCUCAAACCUGGGAACCAGCUAGACGGAAUCACUGGACCCCUCCCCGCGCUUCUGACGGUCAACUCGGACGAAGUGCUAGGACGAAAUCGGUCGAGCUGCCACUGCCGCAUCUGUCGGUCAUACGACCGACGCUCCACCCACGCCACACUCCGCGACGCGCGCGUCCUUGACCUCCGCUACCUUACGGCUCUCAACCUCCGCGUCCUCAAGAACUGUCUGGCCCGCGUCGCACCUGUUCCCGUCAUCCGACUAUGGAUGUGGUGCACCGCGCCUCAACCUGAACCUCUCCCCAUUCCCGCCUUGACUCUUGUCGUCUUUGGUUGGGCAGGCAUGUGGGAGCCGUCGAACGGCUUUCGUCGCGAACGCUUCAAUGGCCCUCCGCUCGGCAUCCGAAAAGCCGUCUUCAACCUCAACGUGUCGUGCACAAAGGUUCCGUUCAUCUUUCACGGCAUGUUUGUUAAGCGGACGCCGCCCGCUUCUCUGGAGAAGGUCGUCAUCGUGUUCCAUUCGAACUGGGCCUCGGACGACCGCCCCUGCGCGCUCAAGCCACUUCAGGAGGCGAUCCCACGAAUUGUUCAGCUGCUCACCGAGUCGCGGCGGCGACGGCCGCAGAUCGUCUUUGUCAACUCGGAUGCGAUCCUGCCGGGAACCUUUCCCCUGGGCAAGGGUACGAGCAAGCGCCCCGACCUUGCCGAGUGUGCGUCGUUCGUGGAGUACGUGACGACAUUCUAUAUUUCGGCAAGGGGACGGGCAGAGUUUGAGGAAAAGGUGUCGUUCUUGACGCGGGAGGAGUAUCAGGUGGAGGUGGGGCCCGAGGCGUUUCGGGUGGAGACGCUGGGCUAA